AUGGUAAACAUUGGGAUUCCCAAGAACUAUACUGCGUCUCCUACGGAUUUGCACGCGUCGGCGUCUUUGACCAGCCGCUCCAUCAAUCAUGAGGCUAUCACCGAUCUAGAUUCGAGCAAUGCCUUUGAAGGCCCCGAGAAAUUGCUUGAGGUCUGGUUCGCGCCCUCGCCAAAUGACCUACUCGAUUGCACUGAGCCUAAGGGCCUGAAGGCUGUCCCAGCCGAGGUCUGGAAGACCAUGCUCGAUCUUGUCCACUGCCAGGUUCUGUCAAUCGUCGAAAGCGAGGAUGUCGAUGCUUACCUCCUGUCGGAAUCAAGCAUGUUCGUCUUUCCCCAUAAGCUCAUCUUGAAGACAUGUGGGACCACCACCUUGCUGUGUGGCUUGCCACGCAUCUUAGAGAUUGCCACAUUGUUCGGCGGCUUUCCUCGCAACACCGCACCCCCCAAUCCGGGAAUUCUGGUUGCUGCUGCUCCCUAUCGCGUCUUUUACAGCCGCAAGAACUUCUUGUUCCCUGAUCGCCAGAAGGGUCCUCAUCGCAGCUGGAGGGACGAGGUCCACACUCUCGACAAGUUGUUCCUUCAUGGCAGCGCCUACAUGAUUGGCAAAAUGAAUGGUGACCACUGGUAUCUGUACCUCACCGAACCAUUCACCAUGCUCACUCCUCCGGCCAGUCCCCAGAGUAUGGACAGCCCCGGUACCGAAACGAAAGUCAUCGAUCUGCCGUCUUCGCUUGUUACAGAUCGUGCGGCCAAGGUGUGCGAGGGAGAAGAUGAGACUCUGGAAGUCCUGAUGACAGACCUUGACGAGGAUAACGCCAAGCAGUUCUACCUCGAAAACGCGAGUGCGGUCGCGGCUGAGAGGUACAAGAACGCCAACAUGGAAAUGGACGAUACCGUGGACGUGUUCAGCAACGCUUCGGACGCUAGCGAAGCAAACAGCACCAAUGCUUUGGCUUCCGAGGGACACGCUUUGGGCACCAUCGUUUCCGACGUUUGCGGUUUGUCUGACAUAUACCCCAAGAGCAAGUACCCGGAAGCUCGCAUCGACGCCUAUCAAUUUGAGCCAUGCGGCUUCUCCGCCAAUGGAGUUAUCCCCGCGGCUAUUGGCAACAAGGGUACCCAUUACUUCACCGUUCACGUCACUCCGGAGCCUGUCUGUUCGUACGCAUCUUUCGAGACCAAUGUGCCAUGUGGGCAGAGCGGCCGUGAUACUCAGGAGAUCGUCCAACACGCUGUCGACAUCUUCAAGCCAGGUCGUUUCUCGGUCACUUUAUUCGAAGCCAAGACAAACUAUGAGGAGUUGAGCGUCGCCGAUGAUAGUACCGUUGCCAUGAUUCGCGCAAUGGAACAGAAGGCCUCCAAGCGCAACACUCGUAUGGAUUCGAUCAAGGGCUACCGGCGUGUUGACCGUAUUGUUCAUGAUCUCGAUGGCUACGAUCUGGUCUUCCGCUACUAUGAACGUAACGACUGGAAGGGUGGCGCUCCUCGUCUUGGCGAGAACUUCUGA